UCCAGGGCAGCUGCGUGUAUGUCUCCGGCGCCAAAAUUCCUAAAACCCUAAACCCUGUUUUACUCUUCAGUCUUCACAUAUUACAUUAUACACCAUAUCUUGAGCUCUGCCGCUGAUAACUUAACGAUGAAAUCACUAAUCUUUCCAACAAGAACAGCCGCGAUCUUAAUUCCAAAUCUUGUUUUUAAUCCGUCUAACUCGCUUUCUUCCAUUUCUAAUUUCUUACCUGUUAGAAAUCCUAAUUAUCUCCCUCAACUACGUCGUCUUAGAUUAUCCUCAGCUUAUUCUUCGCCAAUCACCGAAGAAAACGGCCAUUGCCACCAAACUGAGGGUGAAAUUCACUUAAUUGUGGGCCCUAUGUUCGCUGGAAAAACCACCACUUUGCUUCGCCGGAUUAAAUCUGAAAGCUCUAAUGGCAGAUUUCAGGAUAAGGUCUCAAAGGGCUUCCUCAACAUGGAUGAAACAUUGAAGAGUCUAUGUUUUUCAGGAAGACUAGCAGAAGCAGUUCGACUCCUAUGCCAUACAGGACACCAAGUUGACUCAGAGACUUACUCCCUUCUUUUGCAAGAUUGCAUAUUCAAAAAAGAUUAUCAGUUUGGGAAAAGAAUCCAUUCACAAAUGAUUAUAUCUGGUUUUGUUCCCAAUGAAUACCUAAACAUCAAGUUGCUUAUAUUAUAUGCAAAAUCAGGCGAUCUAGUCACUGCCCACAUUCUUUUCAAGAAAUUACUCAUCCCAAAUGUGAUUUCAUGGAACGCCAUGAUUUCAGGGUAUGUCCAAAAGGGUCUUGAAGAACAGGGCUUGAAUCUUUAUUACAAAAUGAGACAAAAUGGUUUAACACCUGACCAGUUUACUUUUUCUUCAGUUUUCAGGGCAUGUGCCACCCUGGCAACACUAGAACAGGGUAAACGAGCACAUGGGGUUAUGAUCAAGACCCAAAUGAAUGGAAAUCUUGUAGUCAAUAGUGCCCUAAUCGAUAUGUAUUUCAAGUGCAGCUGCCCCUACGAUGGACAUUUAGUAUUCAACAAGGCCUCAGAUAAAAACAUUGUUACAUGGACUUCCUUAAUAUCUGGAUAUGGACAACAUGGAAGGGUAAAAGAGGUAUUAGAUGCUUUCCAUAGAAUGAUAAACGAAGGAUUUAGACCAAAUAGUGUUACUUUUCUUGUAGUUCUUUCCGCUUGUAGCCAUGGAGGUUUGGUAAAAGAGGGCUGGGAGUAUUUUCAAUCAAUGAGAAGAAAUUACGGGAUUACCCCUGGGGAAAAGCAUUAUGCAGCAAUGGUGGACAUUUUAGGGAGAUCAGGAAGGUUAGAUGAAGCUUUUGAGUUUGUAAAAAGCGCACCUUGUAAAGAUCAUCCAGUGAUAUGGGGUGCACUUAUUCAAGCUUGUAAGGUAUAUGGAAACAUGGAUAUGGUGAAAAUUGCAGCAAAAAAGUAUUUUGAAUUGGAAAGUGAUAAUGUUGGUAAAUACGUGGUUUUAUCAAAUGCUUAUGCGACUUUUAGUCAGUGGGAUAAUGUUGCUGAAAUUAGGAGUGGAUUGAAGGAAUUGGGGAUGAAAAAGGAGCCUGGUUAUAGCAUGAUUGAGGUGCAAAAAAAGGUCCAUUUUUUCUUUAUGGGGGAUAACAUGCAUGAAGAAACUGAUGAGAUAUAUGAAGUUAUCAAGGAUAUGAAUUGUAUAUUAAAAGAUUCUCUUUUCUAGCUGCUUUUUCUGAUCAAAAGGGUUAUUCUUCCAGCAAGUAUCAUAUUUUUUUAUGAUAGCAUAAAUUUUUUAAAUGCAGCUGUUAUAAAGUCUAGUAAGGAUACAAGAUAUGGAUUGGAUUCAAUUGUGACACAUGAUGGGGAGAAGCUUUCAUGUUGGCCACUUGAAGCUUUAUCAUCAUUCAAAGAAAGAAUUGGUCUUGAAGCUUAUCAUAAGCUAGAGGUGAUUGGAAUUGAUGAAGCUUAGUUUUUUGAAGACUUGUAUGAUUUCUGCAUCAAAGCUGCUGACCAUGAUGGCAAAACUGUAAUUGUUGCUGGCUUGGAUGGUGAUUAUUUGCGAAGGAGCUUUGGGGUGCUUGAUAUAAUACCAAUUGCAGAUUGAGAAGGAACAGGUCAGUCCAACUAACAAGCCCACCAAAGAGCCCAGGCCUUGGAAGGUCUACUCACGCAAGAAGAAAAUAGGACAGGUGUAAAGUGAUGUCAUAGUUUGUUGCAUCACUAGAGGGGCACUAUAUAUAUCUAGUUGAAUGUUAGAAUAAGUGUGUGGAGAGAAUAUUUUCUGUUAGAGAGAAUCGGCUAGUGGCUAGCUUGGGCAGGAAGAGUAGUUAUUGGCUCUCUUCUCUGACAUUCCAUUUUGUAUUCCUUCCAUUAUCGUUUCAGAAAUAAAUCAAGCAUUCAACCAUUGUUUGUGAUUCAAUCUUAUUAACAGCUAUUUGCUUAACCUAAACCUUUCUUAUCAAUUGGUUCCAUUGCCCUGUUUCUCCUCCUCCAUCACCAUGCCUGAUAACACUGAUGCUCACGUUACCACUCGUCUCCAAUCUCUCCAUAAUAGAAUGAAUACUCAGGAGGGGAAAAUGGACCAGAUCUCAACACAGAUGCAGGAAUUGACUGUCUCUUUUUCAUCCUUGAAGGAGCUCAUGGAGAAAAUGGUGCAAACUUCUCUCAACCGCCCUGACCAUCCUGUUGAAGAAGGUGCUUCCUCCGGUACCUUCCUCCGCUCCGGCCUCUCCAAUCCCCUUUUCCAACCAACAGACGAUUCGCUGUUCUCUCUACCGAAGGUCAAAUUACCUGUGUUCGAUGGAGAAGACCCUCGUGGGUGGAUAACCAAAGCUGAACUCUACUUUUCCGUUCAUCAAACCGCAGAUUCCAAAAAAUUAAAGCUUACUCAGAUGUGUAUGGAAGGUUCUGCACUCAAUUGGUUCACCACGUUGUUGUUCAAACAUCCCCAAUCCACUUGGGAACAAUUCAAAGACAAACUCAUCACUCGAUUUGGCGGUUCUCAAUUCCUGAACGCACAUGAAGCUCUGGGCUCUCUUUUUCAGGAAGCCGACAUCGACACCUACAUUGAGCAAUUUGAGUCAAUAUCUGCCCUAAUUCCCGAUCAAUCUGAAGACCAGUCCCUUGGGAUGUUCUUACGUGGUCUUCAACCAACCAUCCGAAACUGGGUUCGUGCUCUACGCCCCAAUACCUGUGACACCGCCAUGGAAUUAGCUCGCCAUGUUGCCACCGCCACAACCACCCCUGCCGAUUCCACAACUUUCAAACGGAAGACUUCUUCAUUUGGAUCGGGCUAUCCAUCAUGGAAAGGUACCUUUUCUCCGGCCCAAUCCUCUCCUAAACCCACUGAUCUGCUUAGCCCAACACCGAAACCCGCGCCUACUCCGGGUCAAACCAUGGGUAAACCUCUAGACCCGACCCGACCGGCUACUACUACACCCCGACCCAAUCGCACCAAACACCUCACCAAACAUGAUUGGGAGGAACGCCGUCGUCUAGGGCUCUGUUUCAGCUGCGGUCAAAAGUACUCUCCCCAACAUAAAUGUACCGAUGGUCAAUUUCGUGUGCUGCUGCUUACUGAUGGUGAUAUUGUCAAUGAUUCUGAUGACCUCUGUCAUCUCGAUUCCGACCCAAUCGAAGAUACGCCCGUCGACGGAGAAUGCCAUGUGUUAGAUUCUCAUGGUUUCACUUCCGAUCUCUCUACUACACUACGCACCUUGAAGCUUGCGGGUCAGCUCCACGGUUUCACAGCUCUUAUGUUGAUUGAUGGUGGUGCCACAUACAAUUUCAUCUCCAAAACAGUAGUAUCAGCUUUGGGUCUCCCCAUCUCUCGCACAAAACCUUUGUCUAUCAGUUUGGGCAACGGUACCAAGGUCACGAUGGAUGAAAUCUGCAAAGGUAUUCCACUGUCCAUAGGUUCCUAUUCUUGUACAGUUGAUGCUCUUGUUUACGAACUAGGAUCUUUGGACAUUAUUUUGGGCGUUGCUUGGCUGGGUACGCUAGGAGACGUUGUGUUUAAUUGGUUGAAACAGGAGAUGCGUUUUUGGUUCCAGGGUUCACAGAUUACAUUACAGGGCAUUUCUCCUACACCUCCACAUCACUCCCUUAAUUCAUGGCUGGAACUCCAUCUGAACACCAUCACCGAUCCUCCGGAACCCACCACUACCCUCUCUACUACACAGCAAGACCAAUUAAAUAUUAUCCUAUCACAAUUUACACCAUUAUUUCAAUCUCCCCAAGGGCUUCCUCCUGUUCGUUCUAUUUAACACCGUAUCACCUUGCUCGCGGGACAGGGUCCUAUCUGUGUACGUCCUUAUAGAUACCCUCAUCUCCAAAAAGAUGAGAUUCAACGCCAGGUCGAGGAGAUGCUCUCUACUGGAAUUAUUCUCCUAAGCCAUAGUGCUUUCUCCAGUCCAGUUAUACUUGUCCGCAAGAAGGAUUCUUCCUGGCGACUCUGUAUUGACUAUCGAGCUCUUAACCGUGUUACAAUCCCUGACAAGUAUCCAAUCCCAGUUGUCGAGGAACUACUCGAUGAACUUCAUGGCUCUGCUUUCUUUUCGAAGAUCGACCUUAAAUCCGGAUUUUAUCAAGUCCGGAUGUGCGAAUCGGAUGCCCAUAAGACUGCUUUCCGUACUCAUAAUGGCCACUAUGAGUUUUUAGUUAUGCCUUUUGGGCUAACUAAUGCGCCUUCUACAUUUCAGGCCUUAAUGCAUGAAGUUUUCCGCCCACUUCUUCGUAGGGGUGUUCUGGUCUUUUUUGACGACAUUUUAGUCCACAACACAAAUUGGGACUCCCAUCUUCAACUCCUUACCCAAGUGCUCAUACUCCUACAAGACCACAAAUUGGUCAUUAACAAAAAGAAAAGCUCGUUUGGUAUCCAAUCGGUUGAAUAUCUUGGCCACAUUAUUUCACAACAGGGCGUUUCCAUGGAUCCUCAAAAGAUUACUGCUGUCCAAGCUUGGCCUACACCAAAAAACGUGAAAGGAGUUCGGGGUUUCCUAGGCCUCACCGGCUAUUACCGAAAGUUCAUUCCAGGGUAUGGCAAGAUUGCCCGCCCUCUAACUGAGUUGACAAAAAAAGACAAGUUUUCUUGGGGGCCUGAAGCACAAGCUGCUUUCAAUCUUCUGAAACAUACAAUGACCACAGCCCCUUUUCUCACACUUCCUGAUUUCUCCAAACCAUUCGAAAUCGAAUGUGAUGCAUCAGGCCAUGGACUUGGGGUUGUCCUCAUGCAAUCUCGCAAGCCAAUUGCUUAUUUUAGCAAGGCAUUGUCUGACAAAACGCUCUCCAAAUCUGCGUACGAAAAAAAUUUGAUGGCUCUCGUCUUAGCAAUUCAACACUGGCGGCCUUAUCUCUUGGGGCGAUCUUUCACAGUUUUUACUGACCAAAAGAGCCUCCGCCAUCUACUAGAACAACGCAUUACCACCACUGACCAACAAAAUUGGCUUGCCAAACUUAUGGGAUACAAUUUCUCUAUUCUCUACAAACCGGGACGAGAUAAUAGUGCUGCCGAUGCUCUCUCCCGUGUCUCCGAAGCUCCAGACCUUCGCACCCUAUUGUCAUACCCUUGUUGGCUGGAUGGCGAUUCCUUGUUGGAGGGUUUCGAGUCUGAUUCUCAACUUAAAAAAAUUUUUACAGGCCAACCCUUCUUCACAUCCUGGUUUUUCCCUCAUCCAGGAUAAACUAUACCACAAAGGCAAAUUGGUCAUUCCAGCUUCUUCACGUUGGAUUCCUCAGCUGAUUGCGGAAUUUCACGACAGUCCUACUGGGGGCCACUCGGGGUUUUACCGGACUUACCGACGUUUAGCAGCCCAAAUUUAUUAGAUCGGUAUGACCAAAACUAUCAAAGAUUAUGUCCAGGCUUGUGACACUUGUCAACGCUACAAACAUUCAACCCUUGCUCCUGCGGGUCUUCUACAGCCACUUCCUAUUCCAUCGCACAUAUGGGACGAUAUCUCAUUGGAUUUUAUCACAGGCUUACCCAAAUCAAAAGGACAUGCAAUGGUCUUGGUAGUUGUUGACCGACUGUCCAAAUAUUGCCACUUUAUACCUUUAAAACAUCCUAUCACAGCUCGUUUCCUCGCUGAAAUAUUUGUCAAAGAAGUGAUACGGUUACAUGGUCCACCCAAGACCAUCCUUAGUGACCGUGAUCCUUUGUUUCUAAGUAAAUUUUGGACGGAGAUUUUUAAGCUACAAGGGAGUCACUUGAAAUUCAGCUCAGCAUAUCACCCGGAAUCCGACGGUCAAACUGAGGUGGUAAAUCGUAGUCUUGAAACAUACCUCCGAUGUUUCGCAUCUGAGCAACCCAAGACUUGGUCCCACUGGCUUCCAUGGGCAGAAUUCUGGCAUAACUCUGCUUACCAUGUAUCCACAAAUACCACUCCUUUCCAUAUAGUCUAUGGUCGUCUUCCUCCGACAAUUUUUCAGUACACACAAGGUGAGAUCAGUUGUGAAUCAGUGGCAUCGGAUUUGGCUGAUCGAGACGAGGCACUAUCACAGCUAAAAUACCACCUUGCACGCUCCCAGUCCUACAUGAGGACUUAUGCAAAUAAACACCGACGGGACGUCGAGUUUUCCGAAGGGGACUGGGUCUUUCUCAAAUUGCGUCCCCACCGUCAACAAUCAGUUAUUCGUCGGAUCAACCAAAAAGUGUCACCUCGCUUCUAUGGGCCUUUUCUCAUCACAACUCGUGUUGGUCCAGUUGCUUAUCGCCUCCAAUUACCAGAUUCUUCAAAAAUACACCCCGUGUUUCACGUCUCCCUUCUUAAACGUGCCAUUGGGAACCAUCAAGCUGAACCAUCAUUGCCCCCCGGGCUCGAAAUGGACUCCACCACCCCUCCACACCCAACUGUAACGAAAUUAAAGGCAAGAUGUGAGGUGUGUGGGAAGCCUGCUUUUUUUACUUUAAGGAAAACAGAGGAGACAGAGAGAGAAGUAGUGGCUGGUGCUGACGUGUACAUGCCUGUUUGUAGAAACCAUUAUGUGACUGGUCAAAAGGUCAAACAGGCUGCAAGAAAUGUUCUGGAAACACACAACCUUCAAUGUGGUUCAUUCUUAUAGUCAAUUACUCAUUCAUUCAUGGAAUAUCUGUAAAACGCGCUUACCCUUUCGUGACAUUCAACCCUUAUAUAUUGUAUUGUAUAAAAACUUUUGUUUUACUGCGUACGUGUUUUCUCUAUUUAAUGGGAUGUUGUACGGAAAUUACAAACCAAAAUUCAAUAAAGGUUUUGGUAUACUGCAAAAA